GUUGAGUGAAGUGAACGGCGAACGCGCUCCAGCCACUUGUCCACCUGUCUGAGGACAGCCACUAAGUGCCAAGCGCAGCAGCACAGUAAGCCACGCGCCACAAACAAAAGAAAAGGGGCCACGGCGAUGCUGGAAAUCACGUGCAACGAUCGGCUGGGCAAGAAGGUGCGCGUCAAGUGCAACCCGGACGAUACGAUUGGCGACUUGAAAAAGCUGAUCGCGGCCCAAACCGGCACCCGGUACGACAAGAUCGUGCUGAAAAAGUGGUACACUAUUUACAAGGAUAACAUUAAGCUGGCGGACUACGAAAUACACGACGGCAUGAACAUCGAGCUGUACUAUCAGUGAGCUGUAUCUCCGUCUAUGCUUGGUGUCCGGGUCUAGUCGGGCGGCUCGGAUUUGCUAGUUGUUGUCAGCGUAUCGAUUUUUUUCGGAGCGAGGCCGGAUGCGAACCGUCGGCUUCGUGGACGCGAAGGCAUUGCCGAAGCUGGUGCGCCGACGGAACCGAAGCAACGACGCCCUACCAGAGGCACAAAUGUACAUCAACGGGAGGGAGGGAAGCAGAGGUCGGUGGGAUAGUUUCGGAGAGGGAAGAAACGGGGUUACAACGUUUAAGAAACGACUCAGAGAAGAGGCAAGAAUUUAAAUAUGUACGAGAUACGAGAUAAUAACGUAAAGAAAGAAAAAAACUAAAUAAUAAAAUGAAGAAUGUAACUGUUGGAAAGGAAAUAAAAUUGUACUAAAAACACAAACACAA